UUUGCCUACUUUUCCGUUUUUGUUAAAAUAGCCUUUAAAAGGACAAUUUAGGAAGCGAGGCUUCCCUCGCCUUGCCCGUGUGUCUUGGGGACAGCUGCUCUCCCCCCUUCUUUCGGUUUAGCGCCGGUAUUUUGACAGACUUGCCCUCUCCCCCCGCCCCAAAGCCGUUACCCAGCCGGCCAGCCUGCCGGAGGGGAGGGGAGGGGCAGUCCUGGCUCCUCUCCCGCUUAGUCAGGGCCGAGAGGUGGGGGAGGGCACACCUCGUGGCGUAGGCAGCAGCAGCAGCUUAUGCCAAGCACCAGUUGAAGAACAAAGAAGGAAGAAGCGGCGAGAGGGCCACUCUCAAGUUACUUUCUGCACCAGCCAGCCCCGGCCGUCCCGCAAGCGUCAGACGCCGCCUUUGCAAAGGACCCCGCUGGAAGCCGCCUUCUCUUCUCCUCCGCUCUUUUCUCCCCCUCCCUUCUCCCCCCCUUUCUUUUCCAAACUUUCUUUCUCCCUUCCUGGCGAUAAAAGGAGGGGGAUCUCCCACAAAAAGGCGGGAAGGGCACCGAAAUGAAAGCUCAGAAAAGUGCUGCUGCAAUAUCAGGCAGUGAGACAGAAGACGAUGACAGCAUGGACGUCCCCUUGGAUCUCUCUUCUUCUGCCUGCUCAAUCAAGAGGAGGAGACGGGGUAACCUGCCCAAAGAAUCGGUGCAGAUUCUUCGGGACUGGCUGUAUGAGCACCGUUAUAAUGCUUAUCCUUCUGAACAAGAGAAAGCACUAUUGUCAAGACAGACGCACCUUUCCACACUACAGGUCUGCAACUGGUUCAUCAAUGCACGGCGCAGGCUUUUGCCUGACAUGUUGAGGAAGGAUGGGAAGGACCCAAAUCAAUUUACUAUCUCACGAAGAGGGACCAAGGUAAUUGAUGGCCAUCCGGUGGAAUUUUCCAGCUCAAAAAACUGCAUUCCCCUGAUUGAGAGCUCCUUCCUCUCUGGUAGCCCAAGACCAAACAAGACUUGCAAUGCUCCUUCUCCAGGAUCUCUUUUGGCUCGUCCCUCAGUAAUUUGUCAUACUACCGUAACCGCACUGAAAGAUGUCCCUUUCCAUUUCAAUCAGCCUGCCGGUACAGGUCAGACCACAGAUGACCUUCAGUGGGCUUCGCCUACCAACUUUACAGACAACUCUCUCCUAUUCCACGAGGAUAAGUUGGGACCUAGUUCAAAUGCACAAAGUGGGCUUUUCAACACUCCUCCUCCAACUCCCCCAGAUCUCAAUCAGGACUUCAGUGGAUUUCAACUCCUGGUGGAUGUUGCACUGAAACAGGCAGCAGAGAUGGAACUGCAGGCAAAACUCAUGGCAUAAAUUGUUCUUCAUAUUUUCUCUUCCCCCAACAGGAAUGUAACAGAAAUAUGUGGCAAUUGUUUCAAUGAUAUCAAGGAUUUAACUGCAUUAUUUGUUCUAAUUAAUCUUAUUUGCACAAGGGAUUGCUGAAAUGAAGCUUCCUAUCCCUGUUAUGGUCUUCAGUGGAUUCCAGUCAUUCCAAGAAUUAUAAACUUAAAGCUACUGUAGAAGCAACCCCCCGCCUUUUAAAAGUUUCUUAGUAGGGUUUCCCCCCCCCCCCAUAAUGUGAGAUGGUACCCAAGAUCAUGUGAUUUUGUUUUGUUUUCAUUAUUUGUCUCUUUCAGACUGUGCAAUAUUUAGUAACAAGAUUAGUAUUCCUAUCAUUCCCAUGUGGAACAAAAUGUACCAACAGGCUAUCUUUAAAAAAUUCAGAUUUUAAAACAAGUUUGGAUUUGAAUGAUUAUACUUUUUCAUGAUAUAAUAAAAUAUUUUCUUUAAUAGUU